UAUUGUGAUCUUUGCCACCACUAUUAAAAUGGUGAUAAAGCUGCUGUCAGAUUACUCGGCAUAAAACUAUGUAGAUCUACACCUAGUGUACCUAUAAGAAGAGAUCAGUAUGGAUUCAGGAAGAGACUACAUCAACUGUUAGAUUUACAUUGAAUUGAAAAUGAAUUUAGUAAAAACGAUGAACAAUAUCAAAGGAGUAGUCCAUCUGUUGAAUAUCGAGUCUCGACAAGUGUUACUAAGUAAACCUGGUAUAGGACCAAAGAGAGUCGAGAAGAUCCUUACCCUGAGGAGCGAUUGCAUGAAAGAUGGCGGAUCAAUGAGUCUAAGAGAUGCAAUGGAUGCGAAGGCGAUCACUCCUAGUCUAUUGGCAAAGCUAACGGGAGAUGAAAAUGCACCAUUUGUGAUCAAAUACGUAGAACUGUAUUGCCAGAGCUUCCAUGAUGUCUGUCAGAUACCUAGUAAUCUCCUAUCUCUGGAUCUGGGCAUACACAAUGCUGCAUACGUUCUCAUGGAUACUGACUACACUGUACGAGAGUGGAAAAGACUGGACCUGGGCAUGCCCUCUCCUUAUAAUCCAGAGGAAUGCUUCAGAAAGGUGAAAGAAUCCCUGGGGCAGUUUCCACCAGCUGAUCUGUAUGUGAUAGAGGAACAAAGUCACAGAAACCCAUCUAAUCGAGGUUUUCUAAACAUCAGUGUGCAACUGAGAGUCUUAGAGGCCAUGGUUUUGGCAGUAUCCAAGCUCACAAGCUUGUCCCCAGUCCAUUCUCUGUCUCCAAACCGUGUCUCACGAUACUUUGGUACCAACGGGAAAAGUGGGGCUGCUGCCAAGAAGAAGAUGUCUAUCGAGUUUGCUACCAAAAUGAUUGAAACUCUCAAUCCAAUGAAGACCCCUCUUGGAAAUACAAUAAAAGUGCCACAGGAUUUAGUCAAAUAUUUUGAAAAGGAGAAAAAGAAGGACGACCUCAGCGAUUGUUUACUCCAGGCUGCAGCUGUUGUUGAUUGGUGUAAAAUGACACAAAAACUUAACUAUAAUUAGAUAGUUUCAAGAGUGGCAUAUAUACGCACUCCUGGUUGUACAUUUGACAAUAACAGUUAAUUUUGUUGCUUUUUUUGUUAUUUUUGGCUGAGUUGAGAGGUGCUCUGCACAGAAAAUUGUUUGUUAAUACCUCUGCAAACGAAUACAUACGCAAAGCAUGCACAUUUUUAUUUCUUUAUGUCUGAGUUGAGCAUUCAAAA